AUGGUCGGCAGGGUGAUAUCUCUUCUUGCCGGCCAGUUCAAGGGCCAAGGGUGCACAGACGCCAAGCUACGGAGGAUUUGCCAUAUGCUUGUCAAGGUUCACAGUGCAGUAGAGGAGGCCAAAGGGAGGCAGAUCACAAACUGCGGCACCCUCGAGUGGCUCUCGGAGCUCAACGACGGUGUGUACCAGGGCCACUACUUGCUCGACACGGUCCGGUGCAGAGAUCAGGAGCUUGAAGAUGAGCAUGCUGACAAGGUAGUGGGACAGCCUUUCUCUUUAUCCUUGCUUAAUCCUGCAAAGCGCGUGCGCGUAGCGGCGUGUGCCGUGAAGAGCCUAUUGUCUCGCCAUGAUGUUGGUGUUGGUGAGGACAUAGAUAGAGUGGUAGAGAUCUUGGAAACCGUAUCUACUGAUCUCAAGGAGUUCAUGAUGCUCCUACACAACUGCCAGCCCAUCCAUCGUCCUUUGGCUACUAAUAUCUUUGUCGAGGGGCAGAUGUUCGGCAGACACAUCGACAAAGAGAGGAUCAUCAACUUCCUGUUGCACGAUGGUGGUCCGUCAACUGGAGAAAAAGUGGGUGUGCUUCCCAUCGUCGGCGACAUAGGAGUCGGGAAGACCACCCUUGCGCAGCAUGUCUGCGAUGACGAGAGGGUGCGCAGCCACUUUCCAAUAAUCUUAUAUUCCAAUCUCUCAUACACCAGGGCAAUGGCAAGGGGUGAGGCAGCGUUAGUUCUAGGAUCCAGACACACAGUUAAAGAUGCUAAAGAAUUCAUCGAGUCACUGCAUGUACUCAAGCAGAAAUACUUCACCAAGAGGUUCUUGAUGGUAUUUGAAGAUGUUGACGCGGACAAGCAGCAGUUGCUAGAAGAGAUAUUGUUGAUCUUAAGACAUGGAAAACAUGGAAGCAGGAUCAUAAUCACCACAAACAGCAGGGCCAUUGCGGCGAGCAUGGGAACGGUGCAGCCCAUCAGUCUGAAGGUUAUGCCACACCAGGAGUAUUGGUUCUUCUUCAAAGCGCACGCGUUUGCCGGCAGAGAUGUCGAGGAGGACCCAAGGAUGCUAGCAGAAGGCAAAGCGAUUGCAAGGAAGCUAAAUGGAUCCUUCUUCGGAGCGAAAAUCAUCGGCGGGGUGCUGAAGGCUCAUCCGAAUCCUCAGUUCUGGCGCAGGGUGCUGAGAAGCAAUAUAGGGGGGUUAUCUCUGUUGGGUGAUGGAAUUGAGUACAUUGCAGAUUUGACAGAGAAUUUGCUACCAAUCGGCGCAGACAUGUGUAAGGUGACCAUUUCUAAGAGUCCAUAUCCCUCUCAGACGGAGCUGGCUAGGUUGGUAUAUCAGGCAAGUCCUAGUGCUGGUGUUGUUGCCUCGCGUGGUGAUAACGGGUUUGCAAGAGUCUUGUUGUGCAGGAAACUUGCGAGCAUCACAAAGUUGCUAGAGGAAUUUAUCAUGGCGGAGGUCAUCUUCUCGGCGGUUGUCGGAGACAUGGUUGGCAUGGUGAUAUCUCUUCUUGCCGGCCAGUUCAAGGACCAACAGUGUUCCGAAGCCAAACUACGCAAGAUUUGCCAUGUGCUCGUCAAAGUUUAUAGUGCAGUAGAGGAGGCCAAAGGGAGGCAGAUCACAAACUAUGGCACCCUCGAGUGGCUUUCGGAGCUCAACGACACAGUGUACCAGGGCCGCUACUUGCUCGACACGGUCAGAUGCAGAGAGCGGGAGCUUGAAGAUGAGCAUGCUGACAAGGUAGUUGCACAACCUUUCUCUUUCUCCUUGUUUAAUCCUGCAAAGCGCGUGCGCGUAGCAGCCUGUGCCAUGAAGAGAUUACUGUCUGGCCAUGAUAUUGGUGUUCCUGAGGCGAUAGAUCGAGUGGUAGAGAUCUUGGAAACCAUAUCCGGUGAUCUCAAGGAGUUCCUGAUGCUCCUACAAAACUGUCAACCGAUCCAUCGUCCUUUGGCUACUAAUAUCUUCGUCGAGGGGCAGAUGUUCGGGCGACAUGUCAAGAAAGAGAGGAUCAUCAACUUCCUACUGCAUGAUGGUGGUCCGUCAAUCGGAGGAAAACUGGGUGUGCUUCCCAUUGUUGGCGACAUGGGAGUUGGGAAGACCACCCUUGCACAGCAUGUCUGCGAUGAUGAGAGGGUGCGCAACCACUUUCCAAUGAUUUUGUAUUCCAAUUUCUCAUACACCAGAGCAAUGGCUUGGGAUGAGGCACCGUUUGUUCUAGGAUCCAAACACGCAGUUAGAGAUGUGCGAAAAUUCAUCGAGUCACUGCAUGUACUCGAGGAGAAAUGCCUCACCAAGAGGUUUUUAUUGGUAUUUGAAGAUGUUGACGCAGGCAAGAAGCAGAUGCUAGAAGAGUUACUGCCGACCUUAAGACAUGGCAAACGUGGAAGCAGGAUCAUAAUCACCACAAACAGCAGGGCCGUCGCUGCGAGCAUGGGAAGAGUGCAGCCGAUCAGUCUGAAGGUCAUGCCGCACCAGGAGUACUGGUUCUUCUUCAAGGCGCACGCGUUUGCUAGCAGAGAUGUCGAGGAGGACCCAAGGAUGCUAGCAGCAGGCAAGGUGAUUGCGAGGAAGCUAAAUGGGUCCUUCUUCGGAGCGAAAAUUGUCGGUGGGGUGCUGAAAACUCAUCCAAAUCCCUGGUUCUGGAACAAAGUGUUGAGGAGCAAUAUUGGGGGGUUAUCUCUGUUGGGCGAUGGAAUUGGGUACAUUGGAGAUUUUGCAGAGAAUUUGGUACCAAUCUACGUAGACGUGUGUAAGGUGACCAUUUCUAAGCGUCCAUUUCUCUUUCAUACGGAACUAGCUAGGUUGGACCAUUUGUAUCAGGCAAGUCCUGGUGCUAGUGCUGCUUGCCCGCAUGGUGAUAUCCGGUUCGCAAAAGUUCUGUUCUGCAGGUCAAUGUUAGCACUUAGCACUCCAACUCUUAUACUACACUGCUGA